AUGAGUGCAACCAACUCGCCAUCAAUUCCAACAAAAAAUCAUCCAUUGGUUUCUUCAUCAUCGGCACCUCGGAACAGUUCGGGUACUACUAUCACUAGCACUGCCAACAACGCAUCAACAUUCAGAGAAAAAUACGUUGUUCUCAUUGAAACAAUAUUUAAUUACAAAGAUGAUACAAACAAGCCUUUUGAACGAGAGGAUGUGUUUUGGGAUGAACUGUUUCUAUUAAAAAUCAACAGCGGAUUUUUAGAGAAUAGUAUUGUGUUGCAAAGUGAGGAAGAACUGAUCCAAAUGGAGCAGACAAUUUUAAAUCCUCUCUGUUUGAAGUGUUUGUUUUAUAUGAAUGACGAUUCUCCAAUUCGAAGAGCUAAUGCUAUACAUACUUUAUGUAUUAUAUUUAAAGGAUUGUUUUCAAAAAGAUGGAAUAACUUUAGUGUUCGAAUUAUGAGUUUAGUUUGCGGUUUUCAAAAUGCAGAUGAGUUUUUCAAAAUUCUCUUAACAAAAAGCUGUCAAUUAUUGUCAAAAGAUGUGAAAAAGGUCAAACAAAUGGUCCUUGCCCUAUUUAUAAUUUUAUUGACAGGAGCAGAUAAUGCUAACCAAAAUGCCAUCAUUGAUUACUUUACAUUGGUUGACGUAUUUGAUCCUCUAUUGAAUGUGAUUGAAGAUAGUACAUUUUCUCUAAAGAUGAAAAAGAAUGCCAUCAUUUGCAUCUCUCUUCUCUGCAAUUAUAGAAAGUAUGAAAUUUCUGACAACAAAUAUAUCAGUCAUAUUACUUCGAUUCAGAAACCUUCUGCUAUGAUAGCGUUAGCAGACAUGAUUACAAGCGUUCUCUUUGUUUGGAAUGAGGCAUUUGAGCAGACCAUUCAACAACAAAGCUUGGUGUCCUAUGUGUGGUCAUCCAUAUUUGGUUCUUCAUCUAAUGACACCACUAAGAAAGCUCGAGGUGUUAAUGAAACCUCUGGAUCACUUUUACUUUUUUACGAACUUGCAAACCAUAACAACGACUUUGUUGGUUCCAUGACCAGAUCUCUUGCUCAAAUGUCCCAUGAACCCCAAGACGUACUAUCAAAAAAUAUUAAGGAACAACUUGAUCAAAUGCAAAAAACCAAAGUUGUGAAAUCAUGUCCUCUCAUCUUUCAAGAGUUUCUCAAAUUUUGUUCAGUGCUUUUCCAAGAGCCCUUCUAUACUACCAAAUACGUUGCAGUUGGAUCUAACUCAAAAUCCUCUGAAGACAUUACUAGUCAAUACUAUACUCACUUUUGUCUGUUAAUUAUUUUAUGUUUGAUUGAGAAAAAGGUUUUUAAAAAGUAUAUUUUCGAUAUUAAUACCAAGUUAGACUUUUUCCUGUUCAAAAAGGAGAAUGGAGUUUUCGUUAAGAAUCAAUAUCAUGGAUUUGGAACAGUAGCGAAAAUUUUAAUGGAGCUAUUGAUUGACUUUGUUUUUCACCAUUUACAACGAAAACAUUUUCCAGUGGAUUUGACAAUAAGGGCUCUUUCUGCCAUUCAUCUCUUGAUUUGUCAAAGUAGAAAGUAUCGAGUUCGUUUUGCAGUGGAUUGGGAUACUUUGUGGAAUGCUCUGACAAAUAUUUGUGACAUUGUAGCAAAAGAUGAAUGCAGUAAGGACUUGGAGAAGGCUUCACUGGUUUUAGAGAAAGUGUUAAAGCUUUUCAACUUGGGAAUUUUAAAGGGAGAAGCGUUCUUGCCUACAAGAAAGCAUCACGAACAAAUGAUUUAUCAAUUUAUUAGACACAGCUCUGUUUUUGAUCAGUUAACUGAUUGGAUUGAACGAAACCUUAAAAAGGUUAAUCCCAAUAGACAAUUAAUGACAAAUAUUUCAACAAUUAUCAGUCAAAUUGGAGAAGAAAUCGAUAUGAAGCAUGGCUCCUAUCCAUCAGAAGAUCAAGUUUAUUUAAUAAUCAAACAAACUUAUCCCAAUCUUAAAUUAACAGAUUUUCAAACAUUAGAAGAUGUCGAUGAAUACGUGGAAACUAACGAAACCAAUUUCUUUACUCAGUUGAUGAGGGUUUUCAUUUUUGACUGUAAAACACUAGUGAACAAUUCAUUUCUGAGCCAAAAGAACAACUAG